AUGCCUCGGCCGGGCCGCAACACGUAUAGCGACCAGAAGCCGCCCUACUCAUACAUAUCGCUAACCGCCAUGGCCAUCCAGAGCUCGCCAGAGAAGAUGCUGCCGUUGAGCGAAAUCUACAAGUUCAUCAUGGACCGCUUCCCCUACUAUCGGGAGAACACGCAGCGCUGGCAGAACAGCCUGCGCCACAACCUCUCCUUCAACGACUGCUUCAUUAAGAUCCCGCGGCGGCCAGACCAGCCUGGCAAGGGCAGCUUCUGGGCGCUGCACCCCAGCUGCGGGGACAUGUUCGAGAACGGCAGCUUCCUGAGGCGCCGCAAGCGCUUCAAGGUGCUCAAGUCGGACCACCUGGCGCCCAGCAAGCCCGCUGACGCCGCGCAGUACCUGCAGCAGCAGGCCAAGCUGCGCCUGAGCGCGCUGGCCGCCUCGGGCACGCACCUGCCGCAGAUGCCCACGGCCGCCUACAACCUGGGCGGCGUAGCACAGCCCUCAGGCUUCAAGCAUCCCUUCGCCAUCGAGAAUAUCAUCGCACGCGAGUACAAGAUGCCUGGGGGGCUGGCCUUCUCCGCCAUGCAGCCAGUGCCCGCCGCCUACCCGCUCCCCAACCAGUUGACUACCAUGGGCAGCUCGCUGGGCACCGGCUGGCCACACGUGUACGGUUCCGCAGGCAUGAUCGAUUCAGCCACCCCCAUCUCCAUGGCAAGUGGCGAUUACAGCGCCUACGGCGUGCCACUGAAGCCUCUGUGUCACGCAGCGGGCCAGACACUGCCCGCCAUCCCCGUGCCCAUCAAGCCCACACCGGCCGCAGUGCCUGCCCUGCCCGCGCUGCCUGCGCCCAUCCCCACCUUGCUCUCGAACUCGCCGCCCUCGCUGAGCCCCACGUCCUCUCAAACAGCCACCAGCCAAAGCAGCCCCGCUACUCCCAGCGAAACGCUCACCAGCCCGGCCUCCGCCUUGCACUCAGUGGCGGUGCACUGACCCGCAGAGGCCGGCGCCCCCUCUUCUUCCCCUCCCCGCCAGCUCA